AUCGAGAACCGCCACUUUAUUAGCGGCUACCAUCAUCAGCAUAUUGGAACGGAUUAUGAGCAAGUGAUCAACUUUGUUGACUCGCCGCCAAACUCUGAGGAAUCGUGGACAGAGAUAUCGCUAAUCGAAGAACUUACGGUUAUCGUAGACGGGCAGUCGAAGGAUUCGCCGGGACCGCAGAUAAUCGACGUUCAGACCAUCUAUCUAAACAGCGGCACCCGCAAAAGACGAAUGGAUUGGGACUCACUGGACAUUGGCCAGACCGAGAACUCCCCCACAGCAUCCCAGAGCGGCGAGCUGCCCACCAAAGUGGCACCCCAGGAAAAGGAUAAGCACAAGCGCGAGAAGCACUCUGGCCGCAGCAGCUGGAGCGAUGAGAUUGGCUUCGAUCUGAAUGCCGAGUUCAACAGCAGCUCGUACCUGAACAACAGUGAAAACUUUCUGUCGUUCUCCCCCACGCUGACCGCCCUGAAGCAGGAGCCCCAGACGGAGCAGAUCAAGCCGAAUCCAAAGCUCUCGCUGGACAGCAGCAGCAGCAACAGCAAUGCCGCCGCAGGCAAUGUCUCUGCCAACGUGGCGAUUGCCAAGGUGGAUGAGGCACAGAACUCACCGCAGCUGGGCCAGGAGACAGCCGCUGCCAAUGGCAAACAUGACCUGAGCGCCGGACUACUCUGUGGCUGUGGCUCGCCCCAGGGCUCGCCAGUGGCUGCCAGCGAUUACGAGCUGGGCGGACAGCCAGACAAGGGCAAGAUCAAUCCGCAGCAGCAGCAGCAGCAGCAACUGAGCGUGCUCGAUCCAUCCAAGAUAGAGCUUGGAUCCGCCAACGGAGCGACACACGCCGAGGAUCACAAGUUUCAAUACAUUUUGGCUGCUGCCACAUCGAUUGCCACCAAGAACAAUGAGGAGACCCUCACGUAUCUGAACCAGGGCCAGAGCUACGAGAUCAAGCUGAAGAAGAUCGGAGACCUGUCCCUCUACAGGGAUAAGAUUUUGAAGAGCGUGAUCAAGAUAUGCUUCCAUGAGCGGCGCCUCCAGUUCAUGGAGCGCGAGCAGAUGCAACAAUGGCAGCAAUCCCGACCCGGCGAGCGCAUCAUUGAGGUGGAUGUACCGCUCUCGUAUGGCCUGUGCCACGUCUCGCAGCCCCUGAGCUCCAACUCGCUCAACACGGUCGAGAUAUUCUGGGAUCCACUCAAGGAGGUCGGCGUCUACAUCAAGGUCAAUUGCAUUUCAACCGAAUUUACACCCAAGAAGCACGGCGGGGAGAAAGGUGUACCAUUUCGACUCCAGAUCGAAACCUACAUAGAAAGCAACAACAACAGCAACAGUAACAGCAACACGAACGGAACAAACAACAACAAUAGCAGUGGCAACGGUAACGGCGGCUCGACUGCCCCAGCCUCGCCGGAGCGUACACCCAAUGGGAGCAGCAACAGCAACUGCAGCGUCGGAGGUUUAUCCAUUGCCAGCGUGAAGCACGCCGUCCACGCUGCUGCCUGCCAGAUCAAGGUGUUCAAGCUAAAGGGCGCCGAUCGCAAGCACAAGCAGGAUCGCGAGAAGAUCCAGAAGCGUCCGCAGUCGGAGCAGGAUAAGUUCCAGCCCAGCUACGAGUGCACCAUCAUGAAUGACAUCUCGCUGGAUCUGGUCAUGCCCGCCACCACCACGGGCUGCUACAGCCCCGAGUAUAUGAAGCUUUGGCCAAAUUCGCCCGUGCAUAUACCCAAGUACGAUGGGAUGCUACCGUUCGCAUCAAGUGCAGCAUCGCCGGCGACCAGCGGCAGCAGCCCCAUAGCCAUCAACUCGGUGACGUCAACCAAUUCGCCCAAUCUCAAGCUGAUGGACGCCACCAAUAUGGUCUCGCCGCAGCAUGUGCCCGCCGAAAUGGAUGACUUUCAGAAUCAGAACAUAAUGCCGGAGUCGACGCCGUCACAAGUGACGCAGUGGCUGACCAACCAUCGCCUCACGGCCUAUCUAUCGACGUUCGCCCACUUCUCGGGUGCUGAUAUCAUGCGCAUGUCCAAGGAGGAUCUUAUACAAAUCUGCGGCCUGGCCGACGGCAUACGCAUGUUCAACAUAUUGCGAGCCAAGACCAUCACGCCCAGACUCACGCUGUAUGCCAGCAUGGAUGGCUGCAGCUACAAUGCCAUCUACUUGCUGUCGAACACGGCCAAGGAGCUGCAGCAGAAGCUGUUCAAGAUGCCCGGCUUCUACGAGUUCAUGGCCAAGGCGAGUGCCCAGGAGAACGGGGGAGCUGCUGCCGUUGCGGCCGCCGCCGCUGCUGCUGCACUGUACAACAACUGGAGCAUGCACUCGAAGUACUCGGGCAGCGGCUCGAACAUCUUCAACGAUGCCAACAAGAGCUGCGUGUACAUCUCUGGGCCGUCGGGCAUACUCGUUAGCGUCACCGACGAGGUGCUCAACAACGAGAUCAAAGACGGCAGCCUCUACGCCUUGGAUGUGCAGGGCGGCAAGGUGAUCUUGAAGCUGAUCAACAAGCAGGACAACAAUUGAAUGAAUACCACCCUAGAAACCAAGUAUAGCUUAUAGCAUUUACACGCACAAGCAGUUCGGAUAUCGUUUUCUAUAUAAGAUUCAAUGUCUAUGAGUAUGAGAUUUCGCGCAGCAAUUUUGAACAAGCCCCUCGGCCCAUACCCCCC